AUGGCUGAUUUCCUAACCCAUCUGCUGCAGGUUUGCUCGACACUAGCCUUAUAUAAUACCUUCGAACUCCUCGCCCUCAUAUUUAUGACCUUUAAGCGAUACAGGGGCCUCUACUUUUGGAGUAUUUUCCUCGCAUCUUUUGGCGUCAUUCCAUACUGCGUCGGUUGGCUCAUUGUUCAUUUUGAACUUACCCAUGACUGGGUUGGUAUGAUUAUUGAUUCAAUUGGUUGGAUUCUUUUAGUGUCAGGCCAAUCUGUGGUUCUCUAUUCACGACUACACCUAGUUCUCAACGACCCUAAGAUUCUCCGCAACGUCCUGUGGAUGAUCAUCGUGAAUGGUGUCAUUUGGCAUACCUCAAUUACAGUGCUUUUAUUCGGGUCCAGUUAUAGCCCCGCGCAAAAUCGAGCUGGGUUCAACUCUGUCUUUAACAUCCUGGAAAAGGUUCAAAUGACCUGUUUCUGUCUCCAGGAGUUCACUCUCUCCAGUCUCUAUAUCUGGAAGACGUGGGAUAUCCUCAAGACGGCUUUCGGCAGCAAACGACGAUUCAUGUGGCAGCUUUUCGCUAUCAACGUCCUCAUCGUCGUUAUGGACAUCGCACUUCUCGCCAUUGAAUACAAGAGCUUAUACGUCUGGGAGCAAGGAGUCAAAGUCGUCACCUACUCCAUCAAGCUCAAGCUCGAAUUCGCGGUAUUGGGCGAGCUCAUCGAGUUUGUACAGCAUCGAGGCGGUACUGGUUGCACUGGUUCUGGUGGACAAUCGAACCAUAACACAGCUGUGUUUGUGGAGCUCUCUGGUAACAUAAAGCCCAGCACAUCGGUUACCAUCACAACAUCAAAGGCAUCAUCAUAUCCAUCGCGGGAACAGGACGAGAUUAGGGUCGCCACGAGGAUAGAUGUGGAAAGCAGUGUAAUGGGUCACGGGGAUAAUAAUAGCACCGAUCAGCUUUAUGAUAGUGCCAUCCAAGAGAUCUCAAGGUCGUAG